AUGGCUUCAGGGCACAUCAACCCCUCCCUUGCGAUUGCCCGACGUUUGGUGCGUCAAGGGCAUGCCGUGCACUACUUGUCGCGCGAACAGAUGCGAGAAGCCAUCGAAGAUACCGGUGCCCGCUUUCACAGUGACAUCGCAGAACAGCCUGAGCUUUUCGAAGACCGAGAUCCAUCCAUGUACGGUGCCUUAGGAUCUCUUCAAGAAGAACAUGGGCUGAAGACUGGUAGUUUGUCCAAGGCACGAUUGGUGUUGAGGGAACUGGCCGUUGAGCUCAUGCUUCCUGGCACCUUGCGAUGGCUUCACACCAUCGAGGCCCAUGCGGUGCUCUUUUGCCCCCUGAUCAACUUGGAGGCCCCGUUGGCUGCCAAGGUGGCGAAGCUGCCCUCAGCUGGGCUGUGUACCGUGGCCGGGCCGGGCAGUGUCCAACUUGCUUGGAGCAACACCUUGAGCUCUUUGCCUCCUGGGAAUGUUGACCAACAUGUUUUUCUGGGCCGUGCUAUGUUGUCCAUAUUUUCUUUGUGCCUGCUAGACAGGACUUUCCAUGAAAUCAAGCAAGUUGAGGAUCACUUGAGGCCUCUAGGCCUUUUGCGAACUGCCUUGACUUCCGACGUCACUUUGGUGACCACUGCUGAGUGCUUGGCCGAUCCAGUGCCACUGGAUUUGACGAAGGCCUAUGAGGGGCACCCUUUCAUGUAUUUGGGCCCCUUGCUCGACGAGCCAGGUGCCAAACGUGCUGGGGGCCACAAGUUUGACAGCCAGCGUGAUCACAUGGAUGAUGAGAAGCCUCUGGCUUUGGCGCGUGCGGCCAAGGCAGAGGGACGGAAAGUGGUGCUGGAUUAUGGCUGGAAAGCCCAUGAGACCGUCAAUGGAGAGAAGCGUGGACUUACAGGAAAAGAGCUUUGUCAGGCUGCCUGGCAAGCAGUUUUUGAUGUUUUUGGAGAAGCUGAUGGCGCUGAUGCCCAGACACCCCUUACAUGUUUGGGAGGUCAGUGGGGGAAAGAGACCGCACUGAGGCUGGCUUUGGGGCCACAAGCUGAUGCACUGGAGAAUCUGCAGGUGCCACCCAAUGCCUACUGCCAACCGAUCCUUCCUCAGGUGGAUUUAUUGAGGCUCGGCUUGGAUGUCUUCCUGACACAUGGGGGACAGAACAGCUUCAUGGAAGCCUUAUCCACAGGAAUUCCCAUGGUGCUUUGCCCUGGCUUUGGGGACCAGCCCGUGAACGGCGCCAAAGCAGAAUCCAUGAAACUGGGUGUGUGCGUGCCACGCCCUAAGGGUCCAUUGCACGAGGCUGAGACGGAAAGGGCAGCAUACAGAAAGGCAACAGCACUUGCAUUGCAGAGAGUCACCAGCAAUGGGUCCUUCAAAGAGAAUGCCGUGAGGUGUGCAGAAGCUUUGCGUUCUUCUGGCGGAGUCAGUCUGGCGACAAAAGUUCUGCUAAGCCUGGCACAAGGAAGUUCGAAGAGCGGUGACCUUGCGCAGAUUCAAAGGAACGGAGGAGCUUAA